AUGGACUCUUUACACCAUCCCUUCAAAGUCCUCAUUGUCGGAGGUGGUAUAUGCGGUCUAUCUCUAGCACUUAUGCUCCAAGAAGCGGGCAUUGAUUUCCAGCUCUUCGAAGCAUACCCUGAAGUCACACCAGCGGUGGGCGCUGGCAUCGCGCUGUUACCGAAUGGAAAUCGCAUUCUCGACCAACUUGGUUGCUACGAGGAGAUGCUGCGGAACGCAGGUCAUGCCAUUAACGCUGUGUGUAUCCGAGGGCCGGACGGCGGCCCACUGUGGACUUUUGAGAAAGCUGAUCAGCGAUCGAUUGAGAGACAUGGAUAUCCUAUGUUUUUUUGCGACCGACAGAGGGUUCUGGAUGUUUUGUAUAGCCGUCUUCGGGAUCUGUCCAAGGUUCUCACUAAGAAGCGAGUGGUGAGAAUAGAGCAAACGGAGGAUGAAGCUCAUAUUAUAGUAAAAGAUGGAUCUGUGUAUACCGGUGAUGUUGUCAUUGGGGCAGAUGGGGUAAACUCUGUCGUACGACACGAGUUGAGACGACAUGCAGUCGAAAAGGGCUUGGGUAGUGACUAUGACGAUGAUAACGCCAUGCCCGCCAACUACGCAUGUAUGUUUGGUAUAUCGACCGGCGUCCCGAGGCUCGCAGUAGGACCGAUGCAUUUUGUGUGUAACGAAGGGUUCUCCUACGUCAUAGGAACUGGUUCGAACCGACAGUAUUGGUUUCUCAUAGAGAACCUGGGUAAGACUUAUCGUGGCCAAGAUAUACCGAAGUUCGGCUCGGACGAUCUGGAGCAAAUGGUUCGGAAACACUGGAAUGACCGCCUCACCACUGAGGUAUGUUUUGGAGAACUGUACGAAAGCAGAAAUACUAUCGUGUAUACUCCACUACGAGAAGGCGUCCUGAAGAAUUGGCAUUUUGGGAGGGUAUUGACAAUAGGUGAUGCAAGCCAUAAGUUACUACCGCUCCUUGCACAAGGAGGUAACUCAGCUAUAGAGUCUGCUGCCUGUCUCACAAACUGCUUGUUCGAAGUCUUGAAAUGUUCCAGAUCUGAUCGACUGCCCCUAGAACAGAUCACCGCGGCAUUUAGGAAGUUGCAAAACAUCCGCAUUCCAAGAGUAACCGCCCUUGCCAAAUUGGCCAGUGGCCAGCAGAGACUUGAUGCAAUGAUAACACCAGAGAUAAAGGCUCUUGUCAUGGAGCGAGUCCCAAAAUUGGUGCCAGAGAAUUUUUACGAAAAAUGGCAUGGCAUCUAUGACUCUGCUGUAUCACUAAGUAUGCUUCCUAUGCCGGCACGACCAAGAAAAUCUCUCUACUAUGACGAGAUAAGUCACCCAGGUGUAGAUUUGGGGCGCCCCAAACUGUAG